AUGCAUCAGCGACGCGUGCGCUUGCGGCCGUGGUUAGAGGAACAGAUCAAGUCGGGCACAUAUCCAGGAGUCAUAUGGCUGGAUGAGUCUGCCGGAGUUUUCCAGAUUCCCUGGAAGCAUGCAGCCAGACACGGCUGGAACAUCGAGAAGGAUGCGACUCUGUUCAGGAACUGGGCGAUUCACACAGGGAGAUAUAAACCUGGCAUAGACAAACCUGAUCCCAAAACAUGGAAAGCAAACUUCCGCUGUGCACUCAAUUCACUGCCAGAUGUCAAAGAGCUUCAAGACAAAAGCAGGAAGAAAGGUCACAAUGCUUUCAGAGUUUAUAUUCUCCUGCCACACAGCAAAAUGCUCAAGAGACGCAGAGCAAUGAGGAGAUUGGAUUCUCAUGUUAAAUCAAGGUCUCCUCCACCACCAACACAAAGAAACACAGUGCUGGAGAGAUUUACAGAGAACUUCUGGAAGUUCACAGAUGAUCACGAGUGCUCCACAGCAGACGUCCUGAGAAAAGAUGCCGUCUCCAUAUGUGUUGAGGACCACCAAUCAAACAUCAGCUCCACAGCACAGGGACUGCCGGUGACCAAAAGCGAUGAGCAGGAACAGACAGAAGCCGUGCUGAAGAUUGUGGAUCAUCUGAAGAACUUUGAGCACUGGAGUCCAUUAUAUGAGAGUGACAGAAGCUGGAGACCAGCAAACUCAAUGUGGAUGGACUGUCUCUGUGGAACAAUGGAAUUAUCUGGUUAUUCCCUUCACACAGACUGUAAUGUUCACUGUGCUUCCUCAUCAGCUCAGUAUAUCUAG